CAAUAAUUCAAAUAAUCUCAAUAAUUCAAAUAAUAUGAACAUGAUGAAUAUAAAAAAUAUGAACAGUAUGAACAAUAUUAAUAAUUUUAAUAUGAAUAACGAUAACAUUAAUGAAAUCAAUAAUAAUAAUAUGAAUAAUAUGAAUAAUAUGAAUAAUAUGAAUAGUAUGAAUAAUAUGAACGCCAUGGGUAACAUAAAUAACAUGAACAAUAUUAAUUUAAAUAACAACAACAAUAAUAGAAAUAGUAAUAAUGGCAAUAAUUUAAAUAUUGAAAAUUCAGGUGAAAAUAUUAUUGAUAAUAAUUUUGCAAUGAUUCCACCUUUACAAAGAUUUGAACAAUCGUCAGAUCAAAAUCCUACAAUAGUUAAUUCCAUAAAUCAAAAUAAUCAAAAUUUUAUGAAAAGCAAUUUCAACAAUAAUAAUAAUAUUAAUAAUAUUAAUUCAAACAUAAAAAAUGAAUUCAAAAGUGACAUCCCUAGUUAUACUAUAAAUACAAAUGGAAUAAUUACGCAAAACACUUCUACAACAUAUUCAUCACAUCUUUAUAAAUGUGCAAUUAAUAAUAAUUCAACCUAUAAGCCCCAAAUGGUGGUUAGGAAACAAUAUUUUAAGAUACCAGAAGAUAUUUAUUUAAGAUUACCAUUGUUUCAUCAUUUCAAUGAUCCAGAUACAAUUCAAGACCUUGACUGUAAUAAGACAAGUCAAAAUUUUGAAGAAAUCAUUGGAAUUUUAAAUUUCAACUACAUGAAAAGUUACCAGCAUUUGGUUCGAUAUCUUUAUGCAAGAUUUGUGAAAUCUUCACACUCAACUUUGCAAAAGAAAAAGUUUUUUUUUAAAGUUCUUGCAAGACUUACUAAAUUCCAUGAUCAUUUUAAGAUCCAGACAGCACUAAUUCAAACUGAUUUAACAUUCAUGACAAAUUUUCAGGAUAAUUUAUUAACAGAAGUUAUUUUUCAAAGACAGCUAAUUAAUUAUGAGAAAUUGAUUGUUAAUUUAACAUCAACACCAACUUUAAUUUGGAGAAGAAGUACGGAAAUUGUAUUUAUGAAUGAUGAAUUAUGUUCGUUGAUUGGGAUUAAAAAUAAGAAAAAGUUUUUGUUAAAUAGUCAAAAUAACAAUAGUUAUAAUCCAAAACUUGAUAAUGAUAAUAACAAGGAGUCAUUUGGAGAUAGAAGAUUUCUUUGUGAAAUUAUUGAUGAUGAGUCUAUAUUAAAUUAUUUCAAGUUAUUUAACUUAUUAAUUUUCAAUAACGAUCCAAAUGAAAUAAAAAGAUUACAUAUUCAAAAAAAGAAAGUCAAAAAUGGAAGAUCUUAUACUAAUUUAGAUUUUUACGGACUCGAACAAAAGAAUAAAACAUCAGAUGGGAAUGAAAGCGAUGAUAACGAUUAUGACAUUAUUUCCAAUGGUAGUGGGAUCACAGAUUCCGGACUAGUAAAAUUCAAUUGCAAAUUUAUUAAUCAAAAUUAUACUGGAAAAUCCCAAAAUAAUUUAUCGGGUAUGAAUCCAAAUGGUGUAAUGAAUAAAAGUGGGUAUUUUUUUAAUAAUCCUUAUUGGCAGGAAAUCAAUGAAGAGCAAGAAAAACAAAAGGAGUUUAUUGAAUGCUCAAGUGUUUUAACGAUCAAAAAAGAUAUGUUUGAUAUUCCAAUGCUAAUUGUUGGUCAGUUUCUUCCUAUUUUAGAGUAAAAUGUGUCGCAUAUCGGAUCAAGUUUUUUUUAUUUUUUAUAAUUUUGGUUAUGGGAUUUUUAACUUUAGUUUCAGUUUAUUUUAAUUUGUUUCAUUCUAUUACUAUUAUUCUUAAUAUUCUUAUCAAUAUUCUUAUUUCUAACAUUCUUAUUAUCAAUAUUCUUAUUAAUAUUCAUUGUUUUUUUACGUUUUUAUUAUCUGGUAUUAUUGAUGGUGCAUUUCAUUCAUUCACAGAUUUAUUCAUUCUUUCAUUUGUGAUCUAAAGAAAAUGGUUAAAUUUUUUUUCAUUAUACUGCUUGUACUACCUAUAGUUUACAUAAAACUGAC